UCUUUUGCUCUUUCAGGUCCAUACGUCUGACCCAACCUUAGCACCAAGCCCAACCUCUGUUCCCGACACACCUCCUGACACCCCACCUACACAGAGUGGCUCCAGCACUCCUCCACAUUUACUGGAUUGCCCAGGGUACUUGCUAACUGUAUCAGCUUCUUCCGUUACAUCAAAGUCGACCUCAGCACACUUUCCAGUGACACCUCCUCGGGUGGCUCCUUCUGUUGUCAUGGUAUCCUCACCGCCGAGGUCGGGCGUGGAAAGAGCACAAAAGACACUGACGCUGACUCAGGAGGAAUUUAAUCAGCUUACAGCACAAGGAGUGCUCACAAUUAAGACACCAACCACUGGCGCCAGCACUGUCAAGACAGCAGCUGUGGCGCCCAAGAUUGUAACUUCACAGGCAAUACCAAAAGUGGCCAAGGUGACUAUUCCUACCCUCAACAAUGUGGUCCCUGCAGUCAGCCUCAGUAGUACUACAUCUGCAACUUUGCCCAUUGUCAAGACGGAACCUGUCGCAGUCUCCAAUCCCCCUGUCAUCUAUGGACCCUCGGCCACACUCAUUCAACAGCUUAGUGAUAGCAAGGCAUUAAAAAGGCAACAGAGGAUGAUCAAAAACAGGGAGUCAGCCUGCCUGUCACGAAAAAAGAGAAAAGAGUAUCUUCAGAAGCUGGAGCUUGAUGUGCGGGAGUUGGCCAACGAGAACGCCAAGCUGAAAGAAGAGAAUGCUCACCUUCGUCACAGAGUAGCCCAGCUAGAAUCUGAGGCAAAAAGGAGACUACCAUCAUCCUCCAGUAUUAAGAGGACGACCGCUUUCAUGGCUGUCAUGUUUAUGCUGACAUUUAAUCUUGCUCCAUUCAGUGCGGACUUGGAAGAUGAUUUUGACUCAUCUGACUUAACAGCCGCGGAACGCCGACACGAAUCCGCCG